CCCACCCCACUCCACCCCACCCCACCCCACCCCUUCUUCUCUUUCAGUUGAGUUAACCAAAACAAAUACACCCUACCCUCAUCACCAGAACCAGCCGGAGGAGGAGGAAUCAGAUAAAACCAACCAGUCCACAAACAUGCAGAUACCAUAUUAAUCCAUCCAAAAAAAUCUAAAUUGUAAGAAGAAAAGAACUCAAAGCAGCCAUGGCGGCGAUGGCAGUCAUCAUCAUCAUCACCAUCAUCAUCCUGCAACUGUCCUCAAGCACCACCAGCCUCACCGAAGAUGGCGUUCUCCUCCUCUCCUUCAAAUACUCCUCCAUCCUCUCCGACCCCUCCUCCGUCCUCCUCAACUGGGACUACGCCGCCGCCACUCCCUGCUCCUGGACCGGCGUCGCCUGUAAUUCCAACUCCAUUGUCGUCUCCCUCAACCUCUCCUCCUCCAACCUCAUCGGAAUUAUUCCGCCGGAAUAUCCUCUCUCUCUCCCUCCCACUCUCACCACUCUCGAUCUCUCCUCCAACUCUUUCACCGGAACCCUCCCCGCCGCCCUCUUCAACUCCUCCUCCUCCCUCCGCUCCCUCUACCUCUCCCGGAACUCCUUCUCCGGCCACAUCCCUGUCGUCGCCGCCGCCACCGCUCUCCAGGUUCUCGACCUCUCCCACAAUUCGCUGUCGGGGAAUUUGCCCCCCGAAUUCGGCGGCCACAGUUUGAAGUACCUGAAUCUGUCGGCCAACAACCUCACCGGACCGGUGCCUCCGCAGUUCGCUUCCGAAUUUCCGGCGAACGCCACCAUUGAUCUCUCCUUCAACCAUCUUUCCGGCGAAAUUCCGGCGGGUUGUGUUCUGCUAACCAGUCAGAAGAGUGACGCUUAUGCAGGGAAUCAGGGCCUCUGUGGCAAACCUCUUAAAAAUCUCUGCACCGUCCCUUCCACGCCGUCCGAUCAUCCUGCUGAUGAUCGCAUCAACGGCUCCUCUUCUUCUUCACCAUCAUCAUCUUCAGCCGCCAUUGCCGCCAUUCCAAACACAAUCGCCGCCACGCCUGAUUCUCCUGGCGGCAGCAAUGGACUAAAGCGAGGAGCAAUCGCCGGAAUCACCGCCGUCCCAUUAGCCGGAAUCGGCGUUCUUGCAGCCAUAGCAUUGUACAUUUACAGAAAGAGGAAGAGAGAAACCGACAAUGCCGAGGCCGACAUGUACGAAUACAAGAAAGAUCCAGAGGCUAAGACUGUCCACACUUGGCCUUGUCUGAACGUGACAACAAAUCGAGAAGACAGUUCGGAGGCUGCGACUUCAGAGGACGACGACGGAGACGCAAAGAGCGAUGAUCGACGCGGACAAUCGGUGCGCAACGAGCGAUCGUUAGUGAUGGUCGACAACGACGGGGUGCAGCUCGAGCUCGAAACUCUGCUAAAAGCUUCUGCAUACGUGCUCGGGACGACAACGGGCGUUAGCAUUGUGUACAGAGCAGUGCUACACGACGGGACUGCUUUGGCCGUGAGGCGAAUAGGGGAGACGAGUAUCGUGACAAUGAAGGAAUUCGAGAGCCAAGUUAAGGACAUUGCGAAACUAAGGCAUCGAAACAUCGUUCGUGUCCGGGGAUUUUAUUGGGGCGAUGACGAGAAGCUGGUGAUCUCCGACUAUGCCUCCAAUGGCAGCUUAGCCAACAUUGCUUACAGAAAACUUAGCUCAUCUCCAUAUCAUCUACCAUUCGAAACCCGGAUAAAGAUCGCGAGGGGGGUCGCGAGGGGGUUGUGUUACAUCCACGAGAAGAAGAACGUUCACGGAAACAUCAAACCUAGCAACAUUCUCUUGACGCCCGACAUGGAUCCCCUCAUAAGUGACUUCGGCAUUCAUUGGUUGAUACACGGCAAGCGCACCCACAAAUCCAAGUGCGAGUACAAUUCCAUGACUAGGCACUUCGGAAGCUACCGAUCAAUCCCUCACGACCGACAAGUUGUCUUCAUGGGGUGCACGUCUCCUUAUCACGCCCCCGAGUCCCUCGAGAAGCUCAAGCCUAAUCCCAAAUGGGAUGUCUACUCUUUCGGGAUCUUGUUGCUCGAGAUCCUUACCGGAAAAGUAUUUUCGGAGCGGGAAUUGAGCGAAUGGGACGGUAAUAGAGUCGAUGCGGAUCCGAGUUGCGUGGUGCGAAUGGUCGAGACGACGGCGGCGGAGGGGCGGGAGGAGGCCGUUGUGGCCUGGUUCAAGCUUGGCCUCAGCUGUGCCUCGUUGCUCCCUCAUAAAAGGUCUACCAUCAAACAUGCACUUACUGUAUUGGAAAAUUUGGCUUAGCUUAGCUUAGCUUGGCUUGUUGAUGACUUAUGAAUAGCAAGUCUACAUAUUUAUGCCUAAGGGUUUUUUUUUUUUUUUUUUUUUUUUUCAUGUAUAUUUUUUAUCAUGUGUUUUAUUUAUUAAUGUAUUG